UCUGCACAGUGGGGGCAGGACCACCGAAGCCAUUUUAUUAUUUUAACAGCAAAAGGUGCAGGUGCAUCAGUAUUUAUUUAUUUUUUUUUUCAAAUAUUGUCGCUGUUCUUUGGUUGUGGAGGUGUCGACACCAUGGGGCAGUGUGGAAUUACGUCCUCCAAAACCGUCCUGGUUUUUCUCAAUCUCAUAUUUUGGGCUGCUGCUGGAAUCUUAUGCUACAUUGGAGCCUAUGUGUUCAUCACAUACGACGACUACGACCACUUCUUUGAGGACGUGUACACUUUGAUCCCUGCUAUCAUCAUAAUAGCAGUCGGGACUCUCCUCUUCAUUAUUGGCUUGAUCGGCUGCUGUGCAACAAUACGUGAAAGCUCCUGUGGUCUCGCAACUUUUGCUGCCAUCCUCCUACUGGUGUUUGUGACAGAGUGCGUGGUGGUAGUGCUCGGCUACAUAUACAGGGCAAAGGUAGAAGAUGAAGUGAAUCAUUCGAUCCAGAAGGUUUACAACGAAUACAACGGCACCAACACUGAUGCUCCCAGCCGCGCUAUUGACUAUGUGCAGAGGCAGCUUCACUGCUGCGGCAUCCACAACUACUCUGACUGGAGGAACACUCGCUGGUUUAAAGAAUCUAAGAACAACAGCGUCCCAGUCAGCUGCUGUCAGCCCAGCAUCACUAACUGUACCGGCACUCUCACUCGACCAGGAGAUCUCUACCAAGAGGGAUGUGAAGCUCUUGUCGUGAAGAAGUUAAAGGAGAUCAUGAUGUACGUCAUAUGGGCUGCUCUCACUUUUGCAUCUAUACAGAUGCUGGGCAUGCUUUGUGCCUGCGUGGUGCUGUGCAGGAGGAGUCACGACCCAGCGUACGAGCUGCUGGUCACAACCAACAGCUAUGCAUGAAGGACGCAGCCAGCCAAACCAAGCACUCAGAAAAUCAAAAAAGGAGCGUCACCGGACAUGUCCACAGUAGAUUUCAGCUGUAGUUAUAUAAGCUCAAGCACACCUUGCACAAUUCAUGAUAAAGUAGCGAACACUGAAGAUGUGGUUUGGGUGGGCGGGGGCUUCAAGGGGAAACCAGUUAUUUAUCGAUAUGCUUUGUAAGUUACUGUUACUUUAAAUGUUUUUUUCUUACAAAUACUGAAAUAUUUACAGAAGCCAAAGUUGUAUAUGGCUAUUUGACUUGAUGUUGAUGCAGAUCUUUUUUUUUUUUUUUUUCGUUUUUUUAUUGUGGCUUCUUAAAAAUUUGGGCUCAUCCCCAGUCAGGAUGAUGUGAGGUACUUCGGAGCAUAGUGUGUGUGUGAAUUUAUGCUUGGGAGCGUAUAUGGAAUGUAUUUCCCUGUGUGCUAGUUUGCACUAUGACAAUAAUGAGAUAUUUCUUGGCUGUUAAAAUGUAAAAACCUAUGCUAAAAAGAACAUGUACACUAUUCCCACAACUCGGUUUGACCAGACUUUGUGAAAAUGAAAAAAAACUUUUUACUGUAGAUGGAACAAAUUCAGUAUUUUUAUCUCCGUUGUUACAUUUUAGUUUGUUGAGCAGCUAUGUGUUUGGUCUCUCACAGAGCCAUGUUUGGUGGAAAGAGUUCUUCAUACUCACAGAUAUUCAGGUUGUGAAUAAUGUACACUGUUUUGGGUGUGGAUGUUCUCUGAAUCAGGCUUCAGUAGUGGGGCAUUGCCAAUAUAUAAAUUGUGAAUGAACCUUUUACUCUCCAGUGCUGUUAGUAGGAGUAUUAUCAGUAUUACCUGAAGACCUGUGUAUGUGUAGAUUCAGUUUGUUAGUCAGAGAAUCCCUUCUGUUUACUUUUGUUAGUUAUGAACCCUGCUAUAAGUAUCAUGACGUAUUAUUUCCUAAAUUUGUGAAAUUGUGCACUGUUUUAAUAUUUUUGAGCUGUUAAAUUGACCCUUAGUUAUUUAGCUAGUGCCACUACAAAAAAAAAUAUGACAAACAUCGUGUAUAAACUUGAGAACAGACGGGAGACCAAUAAACUCAUUUUAACUUGAA